CUUGGUGACGCUCUGCUGACAUCACUCUGAUAUUCCCCACUCAGCUCUUCGCAUCACACACACGGAGCUCCAGCGACUCUCACACACACUUUGUUGCCAUUUCGCUCCGCUCGCCGUGGCCAAGACGCAGCACCACACACAAGCAGCCGCGGGCUACCUGUCCAAUCUGCGGCCGGCCCACACGGGGAGGGGUUAAGACUCGUAACAGAUUCAAGAGGAGCGAGAAAGCUGCAAACUAAACACAGUCCAGACAGCAGAGAGCUCCGCACACACGUUGAAAGAGAAACCACAGCUUGGCUGAUUUCAACCCAGGUGGUCUGAACUGAACUCGAAGUUUCUUGGCUGAACGUAGGAGGAAUAAUUUGGAGUCCGUUUGACCCACACAGCGGUGUUGUGGAUAAUUACUUCCACCUUCUGUCAUGUUUAGAAUGGCGAGAGAUUACGCAGCGCGCUGGCCGCUCUCUCCGAUGAGAAACACUUGGCUGGUGGCAGUGGCGAUCAUUCUCAUAACCCAAGAUAUUGGAGCUCAGAAAGUGCGAGUCGAUGACAAGCUGGAGGCAUAUCCCACAGAGUCUGUUGAUCUCCACUGUGAAUUCAUCGAUGGAGGAGGCAAAACCAAGCUCACACAGGUGUCUUGGAUAUGGGAACCUGUCGAUGGCCAAAGGGACAACAUCGCUGUAUACCACCCAAUCUACGGACAGAGUUUCCCCAACUUGGCUUUCAAAGACCGAGUUGUCUUCCUCCACAACAGUCUGGAGAACCCGUCCAUUAAGAUUUCUAACCUAAGAAUGUCAGAUGCCGGCCGCUAUACCUGCGAGUAUGCCACCUAUCCUUCUGGAAAUGAACAAGGGACGACCACCCUCACGAUGCUUGCCAAGCCUAAGAACUCGGCCACAGUAGUGACCGUCCAGGCCGGCACCAAGUCAGUGGUGGUAGCCCAGUGUGAGGCAGUGGAGGGCAAACCAGCAGCCACCAUUAAAUGGCUGCCGCCGUUUGGAGGAAACCACUCAAUGAGCACCACAAAUGGCCCAGAUGGAACGGUGACGGUUCGCAGCGAGUAUCGCCUGGUUCCCACACCGGCGGAUAAUGGCAGAGAGGUGACCUGCAUGAUUGACCAGAGGACACAGGACCGGCCGUGGGUAUACCCCGUCAAGCUCUCUGUGGAGUACCCCCCCUCUGUAUCCAUAGAGGGCUAUGACAAUAACUGGUACGUCGGCCGUUCAGACGUUGUGCUCCUCUGUCUGGCCAACGCCAACCCUGCGCCCACCACAAUCACCUGGACCAUGGCGUCUGGUCCUUUGCCUGACACAGUGGAGGUGGACGGCAACAAGCUGACGGUGAGGAAAGUGGACGACACUGUCAACACCACCUUCACCUGUGAGGUCAAGAACAAGCAUGGGGCUAGCAGCCACCAGAUCACCACCGUCGUCAUCGAAAAGAAAAGAGUUAUCACUUCAGCCCCACCGACUGGUGCCGUUAUCGGCGGCAUCCUCGGUGCCCUCGUCAUCAUAGGCAUCAUCGUGGCCGCUGUCUUCUUCAUCCACAAGUACCACGAAGACGGAGAGGGCCCGCCAAAGCACAAGCCCCCUCCUCCUAUGAAGGCAGGCAGCUCAACAGAGAUGCUGAACAAGCCAUCAGGGCCUCCCACGACCGCAGAGACAGCACCUCUUAGCCCAGGAGAGGUUUACUAUGAGCCCACAGGGGCAGAGCCUGUCACGAACCUGGAUGAUGAGGCCACUGGAGCCCUGAAUGGCGGCGCCCCUCCUGUCUUUGACGACAACAUCAACGAACUCAAAGACCACGCCGCUGACGGUCACCAUGGCAAUGACUUGGAUUCAUCCAAUCAGGAGGCACCAGCUGCUAACAUCGCUCGUGGCGAGAGCUUUGUGUCCCCUGCCAUGUAUGUGUAGCCAGGGCAGCCGGAGCACCAGGGCAGCCAGAGCGCCACGUCGUGGGCGUAUGGGCGAGUUCCAGGUCACCUAAAUUUGCAUGAAAAGCAAAGGAAAGCACACGUUUCUCACACUGGAAACCCAUUCUAUGGCACAUUAAACUUUUGAAAAUGUUAACGUUUUAACUUGCACACAAUGACAUUUUGCAGUUAGUUUUUAUUUACCUGACCAGGUAAGCAGCUUUUUAGCAGUGUUUUCAUUUCUGGUGAAUCUGCGUGGGACUAAUGUUAACAAGGGUAACAUGAUUUUGUUUCUUUUUUCUUAAACUCUUGCAAACUGAGGUGUCAUAUGUAUUUUAGUCCACAUUACAUUUCAAAUAUCUGGUAAAGAAAAGCAAAAACGGUACAAAAGUACAAAACACAUUUUACAAAGCAGCUUAAAAUGCACACAUAUGUGAUACCUGACGAGCCAGAUAGCUGUGCAAAUCAUAUGUGAAAAGCGGAUUUUCACAAUAUGUUAAUUACAUGGUUGACAGGUGUUGCAGUGUAGGUUCACUAGAACACUCUCUCAGCUAAUUAACACACAGCCUCCUGUUUGUGUGAUGCUUACAAAGCUAAACUCCACUAGAAAAACAGCAGGACAACAGCUUCUUCAGUGGAUUCAGAACGAAAUAUUAUAUGCAACAUGUUGUGCUAGGAGCAUAGAACACACAAUCAUAAAAUUAGUGCUGCGUGCGGGGCUGCCAGUACUUGGCUCUUGUGUUUACAGCUGUGGAAAGUGAUUUUAACUUCCUGUCCUUUCAAAGUAAGGCUACAUCAGACUGAUGUUGCAGCUUUGUAGUGCAGAGGAAUAAAAAAAAAUACCAUCUUUGAAAUCCUUUCAAAGUACUUUUGCUCCAUGGUUGUUUGGGCUUGAAUUACAUCCAGCUGAAUUUGGUCCCAGAACGUCCAAAUCCUGAUCAUCUGGUGGCUUCAAUUAAUCACUUGAGAUGUUUAAAGUAUUUCAGUUAUUUAUUGACUCCUACAAUAACUUCAGUAAAACAAACAGCCUUUUCCACUCUUGCCCAGGAUGUGGUCCAGUAAAGGCCUUCUCUGGGUACAGCAGCUGUCAGAGUGCCGGGCUGCUCGUUAGCACUAAUGAAGAGGAGGUGACAUUGUUUUGAGUCUCCUGGCAACAUAAUUAAGAUUUCAUAAUUUCAUAUUUGCUGUUGUUAAUUGUAAGAGUUGGUAAGGCUGUGCAUUGGAGAGAUGCAAAGCACACACCACAGGGUUCUUACAUGUGCGCACACACACACACACAAAUAUACAAAAACACCAAUGUUUGUAUUCAGUCCACCUCUAAUGAAUCACACUAUCAAGGCUGAGAAAACAUUACCAGGAAUGUACUUUCAGAGUGUGAAAAUGCUCGGCAUAUAUUAGAGAAAUACUGCCAUUACAGCCAUUUUAACAGAUUAAAAUGGCCACACACUUUGAUAUAUGCAGAACAUUUUACUUAUGUGGAAAAUAUGCAUUUUGCAUUUUACCCUUUUGUCAAAGCAAGAAAGAGCAACAACUAUGCCUGGCUGAAUCAAAGACUGCUCUUCAUACCGCAGAUGUCAGAUGGUACCAAAUGAUGAAAAAGCAGUGUAAAUAGUAAUACUGAUGAAUAAUAUAUUGUUGGUGAAAUGUGUACACAUAAAAAAUAAACAAGUGUAGGUGUUAUCAGUGCCUCUGUACAGGGGAUGGAGGUUUGUUAAAUGUCAAAUUAAGCAAAUAAAAAAACAAAGUGUAUAUUGCUCUUUUACUUCUCACAGGUACACCGAGGUUGUCACUUAAUACUGAAAUGUUUUAUUUGAGUAUAUAAAAAAUGGUGUGGAUUUUACUCCUUGUUCAUAUUAUUGUGCAUGGCAUGAUCAGUGGUUUGUUCAAACACUUUUCCCGAGGCUGUUUGCAGAGUAAUCUCUCAUUUGUAAAAACCUUUUAGAAUGUCAAAAGAAGAAAGGUGUUGUUGUUUUUUUUAAUCUCCAUUUCAAUGCAUUUGACGCAGUCACACACACUUUAAGCACAAGUCCAAUUUAAGUUGAGAGAGUGGGGUCUUUUUGUCGUAUGACAGCUGUUUUUGUCUUCAGUGUUGAUCCAGACGUGCAGUCAGCAUGGAGUCACUGUCUCUCAUGGCCACACAGUGCUAUACACGCAGAGAUGCUAUCUUUCCUUGCACGGUGCUUAAUCCUGAGCAUUUGCUCGAGACACAGAGCUACACAAACCUUCCUGAGUUACAGUGCUGACAGUCGGACGACAGGCUAGAGCUGCCCGCCCCACUUAGAAUCACCUGCAAACACACAUAGUCAAACGAUGGGUAAAAUGCAGAUUUGUUUGUCAGCAGGUGUAAAGGUUGAUGGCAGAACAAGAGGAGAGUCACGUGUAGAUCCAAAUCAGACUGAUAGAAUAAAAACAUCAUAGCAAGGAAAUGUUAGUGGACUGAAAAGACAGGCGACAUCACUGCUCUCACAUUUUGCAAGGCUGGAAUGCAUACAGUGUUUUUCUGAUGUAUGACAAUCAUGUCCAUGUUCAGUUUAGUUCAGAUACUGUAGUAGAAGUCAUAGAAAAGCUCCAUUUCACUGCACGCUAACUGAAAUACUGCUGCACCUCUGAUCCAUCCAUACAAGACACAUUUAAACUUAAAAACAGUUUAAGCCUUUUCUUUGAACCAGGUUGUAAGUUUGAGGAUUUCUGUUAGAUUCACCAUAAUAUAACGACUAAUUUGGCUGGUUAACUGUAAAAUGUUAUUAUACUAGACUGUUAUUCUGCAGUAGAAAUUCAGGACAGAUGCAGAGUAAACAGCGACUUCAUCAACAGCAACAAUGUCAAACUUUCCUUUGUACGUCUGCUUUUUGUCUCCAAGAUGCUUUUUUUGAUCAAAGGGCAUGUCGCAUGCUGCAUGGGCCUAUGGGUACAAAAAAAAGGCUUGCAAAAAGAGUCAGGCCACCAUGGCAUAUAUGUGGCUUUUUGGCUCACUUGUGUGGCGCAGUGUGAGACAAUCACAUAAGAUGUCUUUUCUAGCCCUGCCCCUGAACAAAAGCUGUCAUGAAGGGGAAUUCAUUGUGAUGGUUUGCUCUUUUGUCUGUAAAUUAAUUUCCCAAAAUGAAUGAAUAUUUAGUUUCCUGUGGAUUAAUGCGUUUAAUGUGUUUGCCAGCGGGUCACUGUUGAUGGACUGAGCGAAAGGAAAAAGACAAUCACAGGGACCCAUUGUAUCAGAGACCAGUGACUCGGCAAGCAUUCACUCAUGAGUUUCAGCUCUGCCCUUUCAUUUGGGGGAUCAUUCAGUUUUACCCAGAGCCUUAUGUUUAAUAUAACAGAGCUGCUUCACUGGAGGUAUCUUGAAUUAAAAUCUUAACUUCUCCAGGAAUACAGUCAUGAUGCUGCUGUGAAACGGAAAUUGCUAAGAGGUACGGACCCAGACUCAGUUUGCAGGUUGUGUUCGUCCAGCCGCAGGAGUGAGAAAUUGAUGUGUGGGAAGUGCAUUGAUUUCAGAGAGAUUAGCUGUUAGAUCAAGGCUCUGGGUUCGUCCCUUCUGCAAGAGCUGUGGCUGGCCAAGGUAGUGUGGUCCAUAUCCACUCUCCCUUGUUACAGGUUCAAUGCCAGAAACACAAGCUGUGAACGUCAGUGAUAACGCUGUUUGUUCUGAAUCCUCUCCCUCAUUUGGUCCUCUUUCUUUUAGUGUUUAUCCCUCUCCGUUCUCUCUCAUUCAUCUAUUGUCAGCACAGCUUUUCAUCACAGAGCCAGACGUGCCUUCUUUAUGUUAUUUUUAGCUUUUCAAUUCUCACAUUUCUUGUAUGACAGUAGAACAGAUGAUGAAAGGGGAAAACACAAACAUUGGAUGGGUUUGACACUGAUGAUGGCAAUGCUAAAAAAAAAAAGAGCACACACUGGAGAUGUAAUCAUAUUUUUGUGAGUGUUUAUUGAUUUUAUUUCAUUUGUUUUGUUUGUCACAAAUCAGUUUUCGUUUUGUAUGCUUUUUGGGAAACCUAUAGUAGGCCUACAUGUUUUACAGAUCAUUGUCUUGUCAAAUAAAAUAUAAACUAA